CGAGGGGCGUCCCCGGUGCCGGGGGCGUGUCCCCGGUGCCGGGUCCGAGGGUCGCGGCGGUUCCCGGUGUCCCCGGGAUGGUGCUGCCGUCGGGGGUGCGGGAGCGGGUGGCGGCGGUUCACGGGGGCUCGGCGCUGCCCGAGCGGCUCCGCCUGUACGACGGCUGGGCCACUGACUACGACCAGGAUGUGGCGGCCCUGGAGUACCGCGCACCGCAUCUCGCCGCCGCCUCGCUCGCCUUCGCCUUCCCCGCUGCCCCCGCCGGGGCGCGGCUGCUCGACGUGGCCUGUGGCACCGGGCUCGUGGCGCGGGAGCUCCACCGCCGCGGGUUCCGCUGCCUGCACGGCGUGGACGGCAGCGCGGGGAUGCUGGAGCGGGCGCGGAGCACCGGGCUCUACCAGGAGCUGCGGCAGUGUGUCCUGGGCUGGGAGCCGCUGCCCGGGCCCGCAGAGCAGUACGAUGCCGUGACGGUGGUGGGGGCUCUGGGCGAGGGGCAGGUGCCGACCACGGUGCUGCCGGAGCUGCUGCGUGUCACCAAGCCGGGAGGCUUCCUGUGCCUGACGACGAGGAGCAACCCCUCGAACCUGCGGUACAAGCGGGAGCUGGAGGCAGAGCUGGGGAAGCUGGAGCGCUGUGGAGCUUGGCAGAAGCUGCUGGCCCAGGAGGUGGAGCACUGGGAGAGGGCCACCUCGGAGGAGGAGAGCACCCGGGGCACUGGCUACAUCUCUGGAGUGGUCUACCUCUACCAGAAAUGCCCUGUGCCCCCCCUCGAGGAGGACUGAGAGCUGGCAUGGCUCUGGAGGGGGGGUGAACACUUGGCCUCCUGUAUAAAAUUCAACCCAGUGACCCCCUCCUGGAGCAGGGCAGCUGCUGGAGGGGGAUAACAUUUUGAGGGAGUGUCCCCAUUCCCUUCCCCGUGUCCUUCUCCCCGAGGUCUGGGCCUAAGGACCUUGUCUGCUCCUCAGCAUGGGGAGGCUCUCCUAGUCUCACCAGGGUCUCCUGGGCACCACCAUUAGCUCUGACAUUCAAGUAUUGUCCCCAACACCUCAACCCUCACCGUGACAUUUUGCAGACCCACAUGGCUGUUCAGAGCCAUCUCCUGCCCAGGAUGUCUUCUCACUGUGCCCACCUUGGCACUCGUGGUCAAAAUCUGGAUCCUUCUUUGUCUUCCACUCCCAGCCCCCCUGGGCUUUACCUGGGGAGUGCUGGAGGUGGAUCCCCAUCACUGUGUCCUGCAGCCUCCCAUCCUCAUCCUCCCCAGGGGAUAACCCAGUACACACUGAGGUGCAGGAGACCUCCACAUCCAGAGCAGCAGCAGCGGUGCCAAGGUGACACCCAGCUGGAGAGGCUUCCAAGCGCCACAUCCACCUUUCAUCCCACAACAGCUGCUCAAAUCUCUCAUUUUCCCAGAGCUUUGUAGUUAAUGGUCUGGGUGGGAAAUGAGUUUGGAAGGAACUUGGGGAGCUGGUGGCUGCUCCCCACCCAGGAGUCACCCAGCACUGCCUGCCCAGCCUGUUCCCCCAGCCCCUUGCUGUGCUGCCUACACAAUUCCUUCUCCACUGAUCCCUUGGGAAGUUUUUUACCCAAAUCUCUUGCUGGAAUAUUUGAGGUUUUUUCCCUUCCCCCAGACCUGUUCCUGCUCAUCCUGUUCCCAUGGUCCUUGGGAACAGGUUACUUCUUUCCCCUUGGGAGUGUUUCCCAGGUGGGAGGCGAUGGCUGUGUCUGUCCCUGUCCCCCACUCAGGGUAUCCUAGAUCUCCAACACUCACCCUCCUCAUGGCUCCUGCCAUCCUUCCACAUUGUCCCCCCAGGUCUUGGGGUCCCUGUGCCCAUCAUGGGUAGCUGCCCUACCACCCUCUCCCCCCGUUUGUCCCCAGCACUGUCCCCUGGGCAGUUGGGGGUCGUGGCUGUCCCCAACCCUGCACUUGGCUGUUCAAUAAAUCCCCGUCCCCGCU